AGUCUAUUAGCUUUUCAUUCCCCCUUUAAUUUUUAUGAUUUUUUUUAACAGACAAAUCAAAUGUUUAUCCAUUUACUUCCUGUUCUUGAUCAUACAAAAACAGUAAGGUAUCUGAUCGUACGUCAUUAUAAAUGGAUUUCAAUCAUGCACAGGAAUACUGGAAUUCGCAAGCCGUUCUAGAAGCGAAAAAGAACUGUGGAGUUGGUUAUCAAAAUGUAAGGAGUCCGUGUAAUGUUUUUAUAUUGGAUACAUCGUCAAGUGUGGGAAAAGAUGGCUUCGCACAAAUGAAGGAAAUGUUUAGUAUUAUUAUUGACGAGUAUGCAACACAAGACAUAAAGGAGAACGUCGCUGUUAUUGUGUGUGGACGACAAACAAAGUUUCUACGUCAUUUUUCCAGUCAUUAUGAAGAUAUCAAACAUUCAUUAGAUGAAGUUGAGUUUGGGGGAUCGUCCCCUUUAACAGCAGCAUUUUUCCUGUCCCUUGCAUGUGUAAAAUAUGGAGGAGAUCGCAUCCACAGAAUCGGAGCUUUUUGUGUGCACCCAAGAAUAAUUUUCAUUUCGGAUGGACGACCAACAAGUUUUACAAAUCUAGCAAGCGCAUUUGUUGAAGACAGUCCUCUAGAUGAAACUGAAAACGAUACAGAUCAUUUGCUGCAAUUGACGAGAUCAAUCGGUAAAAUAUCUCCAAUUUUCUGUAUUCCUGUUGGAAGGAAUCCUAAUAUGACAACAUUAGAGUUCAUAAGCGGCCAGUCACGUGGUGGAAAGAUUGUGUGUGCAUCAGAAGCAAGACAGUUUGCCAAAUACUCGCUCAAUAUAAGAACAGCUUCAAUGCUGUCGUUUACAAUGGAAAAUGAUUGCAAUGACAAUGAAAGAAUUCUGACAUCAUUAGCCUGUAAGUUUCCUGACAAAAUCUUCACAGAAAUGGACCAGAAAGACAUUAUUGACAUUUGUUUGAGGAAAUACUUAUACCAGUCGGUAUCUAGUAUGGAAGAUGAGAUUGAGGAUAAGACGGAGUCGCCUCAUGAGGAGAAAUACCCUCAAAUGCCUCGUUUAGGCUCGAGGGUUAGAAGAGGACGGGACUGGAGGUAUGACGAUCACGACAACUAUGGUCCUGGUACUGUUGUUAGCCAUCUUAAAGAAGGAACGCUGCUCGUGGAAUGGGAUAACGGCAUCAAGUCAGAUUACAGAUUUGGGACUAAAAGUAAAUGUAAUAAUAAAUAUGAUGUGCAACUCUGCAGUGAACCACGCAUUUUGGUUAACGAAUUGAUAGCCACUGGAUGUCUUGUAACUAGAGGCAAAGAUUGGAUCUGGGGUAGCCAAGAUGGCGGUGCUGGAAAUAUCGGAUCGGUAAUUUCAGUACACAGCUCUGGAGUAGUGUUUGUGCGAUGGCAACACGGUUUAAUAAGUAAUUAUAAGUUUGGAGCUGAUGGAUGUUUUGACCUCGAAAUAAGUGAUCCAUUCUCGCCGGAAGCUAUCAAAUUUCUUCAGGACCAUGUGAAAAAGACACCUUUUGACUCCCGUGAUGGAGCACAAGUAGACGUCGAUGAGAGUAAUAACUGCACAGAUGGCAAUAGCUCGUCUACAAUAAAUUCAUUAUCUGAGAAAAAUUCGGAAUCCGUAAAAACGUCGUCCUUUGAUUCAGUGAACAGACCAAUCUUGCAUGUUACCAAAGGAAAGUAUUUUAAAAACAACAGUGUUGUUGAAAACACAACACCAGAUAUUGAGACAGAUGGACCAACAUUUACAUGUGCAAUGAAUCAAUGGUGGUGGAAAGAUUGUGAAGGAAAGUGGAAUCCCUAUUCGAGGGAAGUUAAUGAAAGAAUUAAUAAAUGUUACAAACGUGAUCCCAAGUCAACUGUUAUCGUUGCUAUCAAGGACCAGUCUUACAGAGUUGUGAUGGCGAAAAAUCAACAGAUCAACCAGACGACCAGAGAUAUCAGUGAGAUAAAACUAGUGACAAACUGGUCAUGUCCAUAGAUAUAAUCUAAAUAAGUUGACUCAUUUUGCAUCAUUUAUAUGGUUAGCAUAAAUAACGAAAUAUGUAUAUUCUAUCAUGCGUGGUAUACAUACAGCUGUUAAGUUAUGCUUAUAUUGAAACACAAAAUUUGAUUCUGUCAUUUGCUAUCAUACUUUUAAUUAUGUAAUGAAGCAUCAUUCGUUAUUUAUUUAUACAGGUAUAUAUUUUAUGACGUCUGUGUUUGAAAAUUAAAAGAAAAACCAAAUGAAUUCCAUGUGGAAAUAUAUUGUGAUAUAAACUACGAGUAAUUUAAUAUAGAACUUCCAGACAUAUAGAUAAUUAUGCGUUCAUUAUUUCCAUACACAAGACAAUCGAACGUUUGACAUUGACAAUACUUUUGAAUUAUUUUGAUCGUUUGAAUAAACAAACUUUUGUUAACUUAUCAUGAAAACAAUUGUUUUCCAGUAACUUGGGUGUAUUGACGUAAAAAAUAAAAGUAGUUUUAUCAUUGAUUUAUUACGAAAAUGAUUUUGAUACAUCAUCUGUUGGAAGAAGUCCUGAUUAAUGUUUAGUAUGCAAUUUGGUGUUAAAAUGAUGCCACUCCUGCUUGUUGCAUUUUUAAAAAACAUUUCUAUUAUAAUACUAGAGGUUCUCCGGUCUUUUGCACCUACCUUGAUAACGAAAAGCGUUCGAUGGAAUAUGGCAUACUGUAAACCAAUUUUUAUUCGCAGCGACUUUAUUUCGCGAUUAACUGCCAAUAAACUGGUUCGCAACGACUAAUGUUCGCUACCAUGCCGUAUCCAGACCUAAAUUGUUUUAAAAACUAUAGACAAAGGACUGGUUCGCGGCGAAAAAUAUUCGCAACGACAGGGCUCUCGCUAACUUUGCGAAAAAUUUCUCGCAUAAAAGUUGGUUUACAGUAUUGGUCCUCUAUAUUAAUCAUAUGAUAUCGGAAUUGAAAUACACUGUGGCGAAUUCCUAAAGACUGUUAUUGUGAUAAAAAAAAUCUGGUGUAUUCACUACAGCAAACUCCGAUAUCUUUGAAAUUCUUCAAUGUAUUAUUCAUUGUCUAAAUGUUACCUAUAUAUAUUAAUGAUAUUGUUUAGUUUUUUCAAUUUUAUUAAUGUAGUACUGAUGGAUAACAUACAUAUUCCAGGAAUUUUUUUUCGUAGAUGAUACAACGCUCAUGUUAAAAUAGCUCGCAUCGAUCUCUCCAAGAAUCACUGAACGCUGUGAAAAUUAUAUGGAUUGCUUGCAAAUGGAUACUUCAUUCUAACCCGAGUAAAAGUGUUUUUAUUGUGUUUGAAAAACGCAUUGAAAAACACUUUGACAUUUAACAUUUUUAUAAUGUCAAAUCACACAGCGAACAUGCCAUCUAUGCUUAUUGUUUAUUACAAUCCAAUAUGAAAAGUGAUAGAGUUGUAAAACAUGCCUGUAAAAACACAAGCAA